AUGACAAGCACUGGUGUGGCAUUCUCAGGUGGCGGUAUUCGGUCAGCGGCACUGUGCUCUGGAGUACUGCGCAGACUGCUUCAAAAAGAGACCAUUCCAGACUUCCUCAGCUGUAAUUCAGGGGGUGGUUACACAGGCACAGCUUAUCUGGACUGGAAAUACCGGAACGAGCAGAAAGACGAUCCAAAAUGGCAUCGGGAAUUCUUCACAAACAUGCGCAGACGAGUUGGAAUUAUUUGUGAUUGGCAGAAACCCUUGCAGGGGAUCUUGGAUGUCUUUGUAAUUCUCUUUCUUUUCCUAUUGGUGGUAAUCGUUCUUCCAGUCUCCAACUGGUCUGGUUUUGCUAUUCCUGUUGCUUUUAUCAUUGAUCGCUUCUUCGGUCGUUUGAUGAGAAUUCCCUUUACCUGCCCCGAUGAAAAGAAGCAUAAUUUUACCAAAGCUGAAAUGGUGGAGAAUCCCGCAGUCUCCGUGGUUUUCAAUAUGUCAGAAACAGUCGAAUGUGUCCCCAAAUUCAGCCCUGAAAUGCAUUCUACGUUAUUUACGUUUGCUUUUCUCUUUUUGCUGUUUCUUUUCUUUUUUGUCAUGAAAAAGGUGGUAAGACCAUCUUUAGAACCGUUCGCCAUAUUUCUGUCUAACUUCUCCGGGUUCGUGUUUGCGAUGGUUUUCCUUCCGUGGUUCAUAGAGGAGUUCGUUGUUGUGACACCCUAUUGGCUGAAUGCUCUGAUUUUAGUUCUCAGCAUUUUCUUAUGGCUUGGCAUACCUCCACUCAGGGACAAAGCGUCUUUAGCAAUGGCUGUCUAUUUUUAUGCUUACGCUGUUAAGUGGAGAGUCUAUAAAACAGAUGUUCUUUCUGUAAAAUACGACGAAACUACAUUUUAUCUCUUGGUAUGGAUCUCCGGAAUAUUAAUCUGGAUCAAUCCCCUACUAGGUGUGUUUCAAAGAAGUGCUCUCCAUGCUUACAACAGGUGGCGGCUCCAAAGAGCGUUUUACUCUCCUGAGACUACUUCGGCCACUCUCUGUUCCGGGUUCACGUGUCAAGACUUCAUUCCCUUGUUUACAUGCUGCUCAGGAAUAGAUGCUGAGAGAUUGAAUCAAUCUUUGACCCUUGAUGACCUGGCCGGAAUUUCACCAGAGUACAUCUGCAAUACGACUGUCCAUGAAUGGCGAGUUACCUCUUCACAUAGAGAGUCUUCGUACGAGCUAUUUACAAUGGCACCCUCUAGAAUUGAGAGAAUUGACAAUACACGGGGACCAAAACAGUUCGAAGGCAGGCUCCAUCCUGCAGAUAUUAAGCUGGCAGACGCCAUGGCAACCUCAGCAGCUGCGGUGUCAUACCGAAUGGGGAAGCACACCCUUAAACCAUUACAGACCUUGCAGAUUAUGCUUGGAAUAGGAAUGGGUACAGCUAUAAAAGCUGAACCCAGAAGUCGACGAGGGUGCUUUUCAAGAUUUGUUGCUGUUAUCAGUCAUCUUGUUCUGGCACUUCCCAUAUUGCUGCUGCCUCUGAUACCUAUACUGGGUGGAAGUGAGGUUUGGAACGAAAGAGCCGUGAUCUUUUUUCUCGUCUUCUUCUGCGUGUCGACGCUGAUCGCCGUCAUGCCCACAGGCGCAGAAAACCCCAGAUGCUGGCAACAUUUUGUUAGGUGGUGUAUCGUCAACGUGUAUCAUGUCAGGGUCAUCCGGGAACUUUUGAGGGUAGUCAAUGAAGGCCCCACUCCCCCGCCAAUCCUUUACCUGAGCGACGGAGGCCAUAUUGAAAAUCUGGCCCUUUUACCUUUGCUGAAACGGAAAUUGAAGAAGAUUCUGGUUGUCGAUGGGGGAGCUAUAGAAUGGGAUAAGGGAAUGGCAGGAGAUCUACUCAUUUCCCUGCAGCAGGCUCGACAGAAACUCCGUUGUUCAUUCAUAGGGAUGGAUGGGAGGGAUGUAAUCGAAGAUAUCAGAGCAAAAGUAAUUGAUAGGCCUGCGGGGAUGAGGCCGAGAAGUUAUCGAUUUAAAGUGGAGUAUUACGAUUUAAAGGAAGAUGGGGGAGAAGAGAAAGCCGGUGACGGAGAAGUACUUUAUAUUCUUCCACGUCACCCUGAUGAUGGCCUCCAGGGAGAGCGAAAGAGCUGGGAUGAGUUACACGAUCACACGAAAACCGAUAUCGAGGCUGCUCUAUGGGGGACUGGACCAGAUUUGGAAGCAGAGGAGGUGGAGCGCUUGACGUUUUGCUGCUCUGAAUGCUGUCAUUGCUCUCAUUUGCAAUAUUUAUCACAUUCUUGUUGUGGUAUAUUCCCGUAUCAUUCUACAUCCAAUCAAUUAUUCACGCCCGCCCAGUUUUCAGCGUAUCAUCGGGAGGGCUACCACGCCUGUGUGGAGGCCCGCGCCAUCGAGUUUCUUAAGGAAUCUGAGGAGAUCUCCGAGGAAUAG